UUUCCCGUUUUAUGAUGACGGGCUGCUUUGAAUCUGAAACUGUGGCUUGCGCUAGAAUAAUUUCCCCCACAACAGUUUUUUUAUCCAGCUUUUCCCCAACAACUCUCCCUCGAAGUUUACUACGUAGCCUCCGAAGGGUACAACUCUCGUGAACACGUUCAUGGACAGUUUUUCGAGGUAUAGGAAAAUCAAAUAAUCACGCAUGAACUUUUAUUUUUGCAUGUAAGCAAAAAGGAUGUUAGCUGCGUUUAUUGUGUCCUAGCCGUUAUUUCUGGAUGUCUAUCAGAAUGGAUAAAGUUGAUAUUCUGACUCGCAUCCUGCAGACAGAAAACACAUCAACUAUUCUCGGUGGUCAGUCUCCUGCCAGCGUCAUUAACAGCCGGAAGUACGUACCUGUCCCCGCUUUCGCUCAGGAUGAUAACCUGGGUUUCCUAGAUGACGCCAUCCGGACUGCUCUCUGUGGUGAGAACAGAACUGUUGUAGUGGUUGGUCCAGAAGGUUCUGGUAAAACCACCGCUUUGCACAAGCUUGUUGUCGAUUGGGCUAAUGGAGAAUGCCUUCAAAACUUUUCUCAUGUUUUCAACUUCCAGUUUAGCAAAAUAGCCUCUUCUACAGAUGAACUUUGUUUGGAAACUUUAAUCCAACAAGGCUACCAUCAAAUGCCCCCAGACUUCACACGUCUGGUUACAGAGGAGCCUGAUGGUGUGUUGUUUGUAUUUGAGGGUCUGGAUGAGUUUAAGCACAGCCUGGACCCCUCAGUACACACCCUAACCUCUGACCCUUACCAUCUGGUCUCUGUGUCCUGCUUAUUGGCCAGUCUGCUUCAGGGAUCCCUGCUGAAAGGAGCCGCCUUUCUUGUUGCAACCAGGCCCACAGAGGGCAUGAAGUUCAUCGGUGGGAUUCGAAUGGAUGUGUUGGGGUUUCAGAAACCGCAAAGAGAGGUUUACUUUAACAACUUCUUCCCUGACUCCACUUCAGCUAGUGAAGCGUUUCUGCACAUGGAAAGAACUCUGGGCUUUUAUGAUUUCUGUGUUUCUCCCAGGUUUUGUUGGACAGUCUGCUCUAUUUACAAGCGGCUUAUUGAUUCAGGUACUAAACUUUCUGAGACUCUGUCUCAGCUGUUUGUGGAUAUCUUGGUCCACCUGAUUCAGACUCUCUCACUGAACAAAGAACGCAGUAGAGGGUUAAUGUUGACUCUUGGCAGAAUGGCAUCUCACUGCCUCCACGACCAACAUUCAAGUUGUUCCAAACACACCAUUGAUUCCUUUGGUUUUGAACAGAGUCUUACCUCUGUGGAUAGUUUCUUGAGAGUUCACGGUGAAGGAGAGCUCUCCUUCCACUCCAAACUGAUGCAGGAGUUUGUCUUGGCUGUGGCUUUCUUUUUGGACCCGUCGACACACGAAGACGCGGAGAAGAUGCUGGAUAAUCACAAAGGUUGUUCAAAGUUUCUCGAUUUUUUUAUGUCAGGGCUCUCUGAGCCGGCCCAGUACAGAUUGCUGGAAGACUUACUGGGAAUGUUCAGCUCUGAUCAGAUUAAAGGUUUUAAAAGCUGGUUUAAAAGCAGAUCAGAGAAAACACUGAAGAAAUACGACAAAUCUAAACACUACAGAUGUUUCCAUUUGCUGCAUCAAGCCCAGAACGAGAGUUUGGUAAAGGAAAUCCUCAACCCUCCUGCACACCUGUGCAUCUUUCAUGAAAACCUGAGCCUCCAGGACUGUGCAGCUCUGAAUUAUGUAAUCACAUGUCUGGGUGAAAGGGAAGAGUUGAGCGUGUCCAGAACAACAAUAUUAAGAGAGAUGAUGGAGGUCUUGGCUCCAUCUGCGAGUCUGUCACACACUGUGACCUUGUCAAGCUGCUCCAUUCAUGAAGACUCCAUCCCUCUUCUGGCUUCAGCUGUCAGCACGGGCGUCACCAGAGAGCUGGAGCUUUCUCAUUCCAACCUCGGAGAUAAAAAGUUGCAAAUUCUCUGUGCGGGAUUAAGAGAGGCCAAGCUGCAUGGACUAAAUCUUAAUGUCUGUGGUCUGACUGCGGCCUGCUGUGGCGACCUGGCCUCUCUGCUGAUCUCAGGAGCCUCCCAACUCCAAAUUUUACAAAUGAUGUUUAAUCCGAUCGGCGAUCAGGGCUUCACAAAGCUGUGUGAAGCAAUGCACAGUCCAAACUGCAGACUACAGGAGCUCCAGAUUCAAAGCUGUAAUUUGACUGCAGCAUCCAUGGAGGCUUUUGCAUCGGCUUUGUGUUCCAGUCAAUCACAGUUGACAAAAAUCGACUUCAAGGGGAACAUGACUGGUGACAGUUGAGUUGAAGCUUUAUGCAAAGCCCUCCGACAGCCACUUUGUAAACUGCGGAGCCUCGGGUAAGAAUCUGCUUUAAGGUCAUAAAAUCACGAUAGGCUCAGUUUGAUUUCGGUAACCUGGAGUAAUUUGAUUUUCUUAAAGCUAUAUGUUUUUAUCUGUUUUGUAGAUUGUUUGACAAUGGUUUGACAGGUGCAUGCUGCUCCAGUUUGAAGGAGGUCUUCAUGUCUGAACACUGCUCUCUGUCAGAGCUUGACCUGUCAUUGAAUAAUUUGGGACAGGAGGGGGCGCUGCUGCUUUGCCAUGGCCUCAAAUCACCCAGUUGCCCCAUUGAAAUCCUGAACUUGACACGAUGUGAGUUAACCACAGCAGUCUUCGAGGAACUGGGCUCAGUUCUUAAAAAUGGGAUAUGUCAAAUCAAAUCUCUACUUUUAGCCAUCAACAAAGUGGGAGACCAUGGCGUUAAAUAUCUCUGGGAUGCUCUUGCUCAUCCAAACUGCUUGUUGGAGGAACUGAGCGUGGAAAUGACCGAAUUGACAGAUGCCUGUGUUGAAGACCUGUGUGCUGCUCUCAGAGCCAGUCAUACCCUGAAACUCCUGGAGCUGAGAAACAACUCUCACUGAUGCUGCUGUCCCUGCGAUUGUCCAAGUCAUGAAGGAAAAACCAAACAUGAAGGAGUUAAACCUGAAGUAUAAUGACUUCAGUGAAGAUGCCCUUGAAAUGUUGGAUACAUGUCAUAACAUUAGAUACUGAGGAGAUCAUUUCAAGUUCCACCCAAAACCCUGAUUUGACGCUCAGACACAAAUACCAUCCAUUUACAACACUGAGAAAGUAUUCGCCCCCUUACAGAGUGUUUUUUUUCAGAACAAUUUUUUGUCCUGUAGACCCAAGACUAUGUGGUUACGUAAGAGGGCCAGCACCAUAUAUAUUGAAGUAUAUUCUAAAAGUAAAAAACGUGUACCGGUACUUAGGGGAUGUGUUGGUUUUGUUUUAUGCAAACUACUUCAGCAUAUGAUCCAUUUGAGUGUCGCCU